UCGAAGUCGAACUUAGUUUAAAAAAAAAACGCUCCGCGCUACCGAUACCGCUCCCGGUUCUCAGGUUCGAGGUCGUCGUGCGUAAUCGGCGAGCGUUGUGAUUGAAUUAGCUAUAGACUUUUUUUGAGUUAUUAUUACGUGCUGUGGGAAAUAUCCCGUAAGAUGAUGAAGUCAACAACACGCCAAGUACUUGGGAUUUUUUGGACCACUUGUCUGCUGCCAUUCACCGUUCUACAACUUGUGCGAGCCCAAGGAAGCUGUACAAAUCCCCGUCAGAAUUCAGGAUUAUGUAUGUCCAUAUACGACUGCCCCUCUCUGCUGGCCGUGGUCCAGCAGAGUUACGUCUCCGCUCAGGACAGGAUGUUCCUCAGGGAUUCCCAGUGCAACAAUGGAUAUGGUCGACUGCCUCAUGUCUGCUGCCCGAUAGAACGAAGGGUCCUGGAUACAACCACAGCGCGAACUGUGACAUCUCCAACUAGAAGUGGUGGUCAGCAGGGACAGCAAGGUCAGGGGAAUCUCUUGCCCUCGCCUCCUAAAUGUGGACCACAUUCUUUCAGCAACAAAGUUUACAAUGGCAAUGACACAGCUCUGGAUGAGUUCACCUGGAUGGCGCUGCUGGAGUAUGUGGAUCGCAGGGGACGUCGUGAGCUCAGUUGCGGUGGCAGUCUGAUUAAUAAUCGCUAUAUCCUGACCGCUGCCCAUUGCGUUAUUGGUGAUGUUGAAAAAGAAGUUGGUAGUCUCACCACAGUUCGCUUGGGUGAAUAUGAUACCAGCAAGGAAAUCGAUUGCAUCGAUGAUGACUGCAACCAGCCCAUUGUUGAACGUGGCAUUGAGCAAAAAAUUGUCCAUCCCCAAUAUGAUCCUGCUGACAGGAACCGUGUCCAUGACAUUGCCUUGUUGCGACUCGAUCAGCCCGUGGUUCUCAAUGAAUACAUUCAGCCAGUUUGUUUACCCUUGGUCAGCACAAGACGAGCCAUUAAUACGGGUGAAAUCUUGGUUGUCAGCGGCUGGGGACGCACCACCACAGCUCGCAAGAGCAACAUUAAGCAGCGGUUGGAUCUGCCUGUCAACGAUCAUGAUUCCUGCACCAGGAAGUUCGCCACUCGGCAAAUCAACCUGAUCAACUCACAGUUGUGCGUCGGAGGAGAAUUCUAUCGUGACAGCUGUGAUGGUGACUCCGGUGGACCUUUGAUGAGGCGGGCCUAUGACCAGGCCUGGUUUCAGGAGGGCGUCGUCUCCUUUGGCAAUCGAUGUGGACUUGAGGGAUGGCCUGGGGUCUAUACUCGCGUUUCCGACUAUAUGGAUUGGAUCCAGAACACGAUCCAGCCGUGAGGCCAUGCUGGUUUUGUUCACUUGAAGUUUUAAUUAAAGGCCAAGAAGAGAGUGUUA